AUGAAAAAUUUGUGUCAUGUUUGUCAAGGUCUCGAUUUAUCGAAACUCAACAACCGUAAACCACAUACCUAUGCUCUUGGUCAGUGGGGAGAAGUGAAGGAAAGGUCUGCCAAUUGCCCCUUCUGUUAUCUGGUCAUUCGUUCCUCUCCGGGCAGGGCAGUAUGGGACGCACCAGCAACAGUGACGUGGAAAGAGGAAGGCGGAUUCUUCACGAAUAACCUUGUCGAGCACAUAGCAUUUCUAAACGAGGACACGUCGACUUCCCCUCACGGCACUGCAAGGCAGCUUAAACCCCAGAUCGACCCCAACUUGGUCAAAAAAUGGAUCAAACUAUGCGAAACAAACCACAGAGAUACUUGCGAACCAAAAUCCGGGAUCGUUCGCACUGCCAACAACCCCUCUGGACUGAAGAUCUUUCGCGUUAUUGAUGUAAUCGAUAACUGUCUUGUCAACGCGAGCCCCGGCGUCCGCUUCAUACCUCUGAGCUACGUAUGGGGUAACGGAUUUAAACCAGAGGUCACAUUGGUACGCGAAAAUGUCCAACAGAUGUAUACCAAGGGAUUCUUUCGCGAGGCUGGGAGGAAAGUUCCUACCACCAUUAGAGACGCUAUGACCUUCGUCGCCAAAAUUGGAGAGCGGUACCUCUGGACAGACAGUCUUUGCCUCAUUCAGGACGACCCUUCGGACCUAAUUGAUGGAAUUUCAAAGAUGGAUUUGGUGUAUCAAUGCGGAAUAUUCACCCUUGUUGCCGCAAGUGGGACCGAUGCCAAUGGUGGCUUGCCUGGAGUCAACUCAAAUUCUUUGGUCAUUCCUCGAAUUGACGAUCAAUUGAAGGUUGAGGUGCUACCUGGCAUCAAGAUGACAAUAACAAAAGGUGUAUACGAUGGCUUUAUGUUCACGGCAUACAGGAAACGCGGGUGGACUAUGCAAGAGCUUCUCCUAUCGCACCGCACCGUCAUCAUCACCAAGAAUAUGACAUUUUUUUGUUGUCGAAAAAAUACAUGGUCUGAGGACACGAUAUACGACAAAUAUCCAGACGUAAUCAACACACUGAUGGACCCUAAAUCCGGGAAUGGUGUAAUGUUUCUCUCCGACAAUGAGCCAAAUCCUUGCGUUACUUUUGGUUCAGAGCUCGGAAAUUAUGCUACCCGCGAGCUUACCAAGGCAUCCGAUGCUAUCAAUGCCUUUACUGGAUUCCUUAAUAGGCUGAAAGUUCAGUCGAAUUCAGAUGUUCUGCAGGGUUUGCUCACGGUUCAUUUCGAUAUUGGCUUACUAUUCACCGACGUCGCUGCUCUUCCUGUUCCCAGAUCAGCAACAUUGCCUAAAUAUUCCCGCCGACAAGGCUUUCCGACCUGGUCAUGGGCGGGUUGGAUUGGUGGAAAAAAUACUUUUGCCCGUCAAUGCAAAGUACCUGACGACGUUAAUCGUUGGUUAAAGAACAACACCUACAUCGUCUGGUACGUACGUAGUCCGGAUUCCCCUCAACUCAGGCUGGUAUGGGACUUCUCCUCGCAAUCACAAUUUGGGAAGUUGGACAAACAUCUGAUUGGAUACCAUCCAACGUACGAUAACCCGUAUGGACAUGCCCCGAAUUCAGAAUUGAAGGGUCUGCAAGUCGAACCCGACGAAUCGGACAAGAAGAGGAUGAACAUUAUCUACAAAGAAUUGAAACAACGUCAUUACCCCUUACUUCAUUUCUUCGCCCAUGUAGUCUUCGCGCCGAGGCUCAAGGCACCAUUGCCCGAUCUACCCAAGGAAUCGAGGUCCCAAGUUCAUCAGGUCAUUGGCACAGACGGGGAACGUUGCGGCUCUAUCUCCGUCGAUGAUCGUGACCUUGUAGAUGGUGUCAGUGGCCCCUACGAAAUCAUUCUACUUUCCAAAGUUGAUCAGUACGGUACGUUCUUUUAUAAAACGGAGGUCAGCACGAAGAAAGAGAUGUAUUGGGCGAUGCUAAUCAUGUGGGUGGGUUCUGAUAAAGUUGUUGCUGAGAGAAGGGGACUUGGAUUUGUCUUUUUUGACUCCAUCCAGUGCAUGGUUGGCGGUCGUAAGUACUGGAAAGAGAUCGUGCUGGCAUAG